CACACACAUACGCACACACACGCACACACAUUUCCUCCCCCUUCCCAUCCACCUCAAACCGAGGAUGAAAGGAGGACCACAUUAAAAUAGCGAGUUUGGUACAAAGCAUUACGUCCAGUUGUGAAAAAUGCUUUAGCCGCGAGUCGAAAAUAUAUCUGCGAAUAUUGUGGGAAACAACAAACACACAUUGAUGGAGUAUGAUUUAUUUUGCACCAUCUCCGACCAUGGAAUGUUCUUUCUCACGGAACUUGGACGCUUUGACUAAUAUCUUGGACUACUGAAAUGUUUCGUUGCAUGCUAUAGGCUAAUGUUUUAAUGAGUGAUCUGUGGAAGGUGAGAUUGCUCCGCAGAAGAUCAAAGCAUAGACUACUAGGUUUAAGGUUUCGGGCACUCACGCGUCGAGGCCCCAUGGAAGAUGCGACAAAUUCGGAUGAUGCUAUAGUGAACUUAGGGUUUAAGGAUAGUUAUGCAGCAUACGCGGAUGAUAUGUUGUCUGUAUAUUGAAAUAAUAGAACAAUAAUGUAUUAUAUUUCUUACGUGACAUAUUACAUAGUGACAAAGCUUUAGAUACAAUGCAGACUACAUGUUAUUCAUAUCCGCGCUGACAAAACGCUUCCGCGUUGCAACAAAAACAUCUGGAUUAUAUUAGAUUUUUGACUCAACAUAACCGUGAGAGUUGUUAACGGAAGACUGCUAAUCCCUACAUGGUCUGUUGUGAUUUGGCGUGGUGCAGAUCAACAACAUAAUGCUUUAUCUUCGUACGUAAUCUGAGCGUUACGUUGUGAUAAAAAUAAAAAAACGACAAGUAGUUGUUACUCGGGUUUACGCUCCACUGGAAACCUGUGUUGUGUGAUUGGUCAACAUCAACAUGCCCACCUCUCGUUCGGGCUCCAGCCCGGUGGAAUACUGGGUGGAUGGCUCGCGCCGAGAUGUCUCUUUGGACGAGUUCUACACCAUGGGGCCUGAACUGGGAAGGGGGGCCACAUCAGUGGUGUUUCGUACUGAGGAGAAACAGACACAGAAGCCCUAUGCUGCUAAGGUCCUCAAGAAGACUAUUGAUAAGAAGAUUGUGCGGACGGAAAUUGGAGUUCUGCUGCGACUUUCCCACCCAAAUAUUAUCCGCCUGAAGGAGAUCUUUGAGACAGAGACGGACAUAGCCCUUAUCUUGGAGCUGGUGACCGGAGGGGAACUCUUUGACAGGAUUGUGGAGAGAGGGUACUACAGUGAGAGAGAUGCUGCCCAUGUCAUCAAGCAGAUCCUGGAGGCUGUGGCGUAUUUGCAUGAAAAUGGGGUGGUGCAUCGAGACCUGAAACCAGAAAACCUUCUCUACGCAGACCUCUCCUUGGAUGCGCCACUGAAGAUCGCCGACUUUGGCCUGUCGAAGAUAAUAGAUGAGCAAGUGACCAUGAAGACGGUGUGUGGCACGCCUGGAUACUGCGCUCCGGAGAUCCUCCGAGGCAAUGCCUACGGUCCUGAAGUGGACAUGUGGUCUGUGGGAGUAAUCCUGUACAUCUUGCUGUGUGGGUUUGAACCGUUCUUCGAUCCGAGGGGGGAUCAGUACAUGUACAGCCGCAUCCUUAACUGCGACUAUGAGUUUGUCUCCCCCUGGUGGGAUGAGGUCUCUCUCAACGCUAAGGACUUGGUCAGGAAGCUGAUAGUGCAGGAUCCUCACAAACGUCUGACAGUGAAGGAGGCCCUGGAACAUCCCUGGGUACUGGGCAAGGCCGCCCGUUUCUCCCACAUGGACACCACUCAGAGGAAGCUACAGGAGUUCAACGCCAGGCGCAAGCUCAAGGCUAUCAUGAAGGCUGUGGUGGCCACCAGCCGCAUGCACGAGGGUUCCCGGCGACGAACCGACAGCUGCGACAUGCCCGGCUCGGAAAAAACCACCUCCAGGCAGGGCAGCAUGCAGCAGGAUCCUCCCCAGGAGCUGGAGCCCCAGGAGGGUCAGGCCACCCUGGGAAUGGACCCCGCCCAGACCCAGGGUGAAGAGGACCCCUGCCCCCCACCCCUGCCACCACGUUGCCCCCGACCCACACCCACCACCCCUCCUCUACUGGCCGGGGCUCCUACCCCCAUCUGCCUGCUCACCAGGCCUCCUCUAAGGGGUGUUGACGGGCUGAGACAGAUGUCAGUCAUCCCCCAGACAGCUGUGGUACGGCCCAGGGUGCCUCAGAAGAGCUGCUCGUCGGUGGACCCUGCUGACUCCAGGCGGGACCCCUCCUCCCCUGUCCGGAGUACCCCGCCAAGCCCCAAGAGCAUCAGUAAUGGAUUCCCCAUAGGGGUGGAGUCCGGCAACAAGACGGCCCAGUGUCAGUGAGUGAUUGGCAGGUGCUAAGAAGAGGAGUGUGAUGACACUCCCCCAGGGGUUCCUACUGUUGUGCUUAGAUGGCUGAAUCCAUUUCUGCCGUAGUAAGUCCGGCUAAGAUGAGUUGUAAAGACAGACAAGACAACAUGGAAUAGAAUGUCUAAGCGGGUGAGUGGAUCUCAUGUCUGUUUCGAUCCAGGACAAAAGAACUAACUACACAUUCCGCGAUAGUCCUCGUUCCCUCUGCUUAACAAGUUUGGAGACCAAUUUGCUAAUUAACUUUUAACUUAAGGUCUCUACUUUGUUGCCGUCUUGCUUUGACUUCUCUACCUUUCCAUUGCUUUUCAAGGCCUCUAUGAAUGGAACAUCAUUUUUCUUCAAAGGCCAUUUUGAAAAGACAACUUGAUUUCAUACUUUGUAUUUGCUGCACCUUUAUACUAUUCAAUGGUGGGAUCUACUGACUUCAUAUGCAAAUAGAUGACUACAUAGACAGUACAUAAUCCUCUCCUUCUUGCAUAGCAUUCAGGUAGCAAUGAUAGUGGACUUGUGAGCUUAUGAAUAUAGUACAAUUAUUGUAUAUAUUUUUUGCAAUAAUUAUAAUACUAAUGCUUGCACUGUAUAUAUGGUUUGCUUAAUCUAUAUAACUCAAAAGCAUUCACGUUGCUAAUUGUUUACUAUCAUAAGUCAAAAAUGCACUUUUCGUCCUUUGUAAUUCAUAUAGCUGACCAGAUAAGCUUUUGAGGCUCAAACUAAUUUCCCCUAAAACAGUGAUUUACAUAGUAAUAGGUUGUAAAACCUUAUUCUGGGGUAGUUACCCGUCAGAUGAAGGAAUACAUCAUAUUCCUCUUAUCUACACAUUCUCUACCUCUCUUUGCACAGGGGCUUCCAACCCGGUAAUCAACCCAGCUAACUCUUUUUAACUAUAGCAUGAGGUGAGGUACAGUAUUCUGUGAAGCGGAGUCUUUCUGCAACAUUAGAAUGAUAUUGUCAGUGCCAGGUGAAAACCUUUGGGGCGAGCCCUCACUUACAUUGGCUAAGGGCUUUUCUUGACAGAACAAUAAUAAUAAAAAAAUUCAAUGAAAGUGUCUCACAUUAAAAUGGAGCCAGUUUCAAUCUCAAGGGAUGACAUUCACCUGCUACCAUGUAUUUUCACUCUGUCAUUGCCAAACAACACGCCAUGCAUUAUUCUGACAUGAUUACAUGUAUAAACCAUUAAUUUACACAUACUCAAUUAUGUAAAAAAAAAUAUAUUGAUAUUUUUGCUUAGAAUUACUAUAAUGCUUUAUUUUGGGGGUGGGGGGUGUGUAAUUACCGGUUGUGUUUGUAUUGAAGUUUCUGUGUUACCAGAUGUUCAUUCUUAAAAUGAAUUGUUGCCCGUUUUUUGCUCUAUUCUUUUUUUUGAAGAUGACAUAUUUUGGGGAACAUUUGAUUGUUUUAACAUUAGUUGUAAGAGGGAGAGGGUGUUGCGAGUGUACAGCUCUAUUCAUUUGAUGUAUAAUCAUAUCACAAUAAUAAAAUGAAUCAAAUUGUCAUGUAUGCUACAGAAAAAUUUAACACAGCUUCAGAUGGUAGUUGCUGUGUGAUGACAAAAGGAAUAAAACGUUUCUUUUAAGUCCAA